AUGCCUGCACCCCACCUUGCCCCUCUCACACACCAACACCUCUGCAAAGACAUCCACAAUUCGAACACGCACAGCAAACUAGCCAAAAUGGGAUUUUUCAGCUCUGACAACCACCAGGAGGUGUACAACGGCGAGCCUCACGAGGGCAAGUGGACCCACGAGCUCGUCGGCGGUGCCGCCGCUUUUGAGGCCAUGCGCAAGUACGAGCAGCACGAGGCAGCUAACGGCAAGCCCGCCAACCACGCCCUGGCGAAGGAGAUCCUCGCUGGUAUCGCCGGCGCUGAGGCCGACAAGCUCUUCGAGACCAAGGGCCUGGACUUCAUUGACCGCGAGCGCGCUAAGCACCACGCUCAGGAGGAGGCCAAGCAGCAGUACGAGCAGCAAUACCAGUAA